AUGUUCCAGGUUCCGAGGCCAAACUUGCCUCCAGGGAAACGGACGAGGCGCCCGGCAAUAAGAGCCGUGGUCGGGCGCCAAGAAGAACCGAUUCCCCAAACCGCGGCAACCAUCACGAACGAAGAGCUUCCGCCGACGUUCUUCGACGAAUCCAGCCGCCAAAGCGUGAGAGUCCACGACACGAUCUCCAACAUCUCAAUGGUCGCAGAUACCGGCGCAACAUGGAGCAUCAUGCCCGCGGAGGAUCGCUCCACCUUGCCGAGGCUAGACCUGUUCCGUCAGGCGUCGGGAGUGCCGAUCGCGAUAUAUGACUACAAGGAGCGCCAAUUCGACAUCGGAUUGGGAAAAGUAUUCCACCACAAAUUCUUUCUCGGCGACGUAAACGAGACGCUUCUCGGCUACGACUUCCUGGCGCGAAACGACAUCGCCGUCGACUGCGCCGCCGGAAAGCUG